AUGUUUGCCCCGAGAUCUUCAAGGCCCGCCACCGUUGCAGCUUAUCCGCAAAAAAAUGGUCUAAGACGUAAGAAGAAAGGCGAAAGUGCGGCACCUGCUAUCGAACUCGAACGUAUUCUCGGUUUUACCACUUCGAAACCAACUGCGUUGGCCACCGCCCCUGCACGAGAUCUUAUAGCCUAUGCAGCUGGUUCGGUGGUUGUGCUCUACAAUCACAAGAAGAACAAGCAAGUGGGAUUUUUACACGCGUCAUCCAGUACAACUCCUGCACCACAAAAUCCUGCAAAUACAUCCGCAUACCCUAAUCGACACACAAUUGCCGGUGAUGCGAUGAUAAAUCCUUUAGGAGCACUGGGUAUAUUGGAUCCACAAAACGCUAAUUCCGGGAGUGCCGCUGGUAAUUCAAAAAAAACUCCCGUUAGCAAUAAGGCCAAACCAAUAUCGUGUAUUGCUUUUUCUCCCGAUGGCAAUUAUUUGGCUGUUGGUGAGAUCGGUCAUCAACCUCGUAUUCUGAUAUGGGAUGUGGAGGCCAAAACUCUGAUCGCCGAACUCAAAGGUCAUAAACACGGCGUUUUAGCUCUUAGAUUUUCUCCCAAUAUGAAGUGGAUCGUCUCCUUAGGUUUUCAACAUGAUGGUUACUUAAACGUAUGGAAUUGGAAAAAUGGUACAAAAGUUGCGUGCAACAAAAUCACGACGAAAGUUUACACAUUGGCGUUUAAUCGGAACGGUUCUUAUUUUGUGACGGCUGGACUGAGACACGUGAAAUUUUGGUAUUUCGACGCGAGCGGAAAUUUACCAAAAAAGUCCGGUGGUCAAUCAAUAACAAAAACAGCACAAGUGUUGGAUGGUCGAUCCGGGAUUCUGGGAGAUUUGAAAGAUAAUAAUUUCCUGGACGCUGCGUGUUGUCAAAAAACGGAUAACACGUAUUUAGUGACAUCUAACGGAUUGUUGUGCAUGUUCACGGAAGGGAGAUUGAUGGAUAAAUGGGUUAAUUUGCAGGUGUGUGUCAAAGGCGCCUAUUCAAUCGACGUGAGCGAGCAAUACAUCGUUUGUGCAUGUGCUAAUGGGAUAGUCAGACUGUUCGAGCCUGUCACACUAAAAUAUUUGGGCACAUUACCAAAGCCACAUCCCUUGGGUGUUGAUUUGACCAUACAAAUGGGAACAACAUACAAUGGGGUUGGUGGACCCAAUGACGUAUACCCCGACACGUUGGCCUUAAAGUUGGACGCAGAAACUGGAAAACUCACUUGUGUAUAUAGUGAUCGUAGCCUUUUUAUAUGGGAUAUAAAGGAUGUAAAAAAGAUAGGAAAAUAUAGAAGUUUUCUUUAUCACUAUGAUGUAAUCUGGGGGGUAGAGAUGAUGCCGAUCCGAGAAGAAUCGACCACUGUUACAUUCCCGGAAAAUACUUUUGUCACCUAUUCGGCCGACAAUACCAUACGCUUUUGGAAUUUGGAUGGCACAAAUUCCGCAGGUGCUCCUGCCGGCAACACCAAUGGAACGUCCACCGCCAUCAAGAAAAAUAUAUAUAGCAAGGAGUGUAUCAAAAUUGUUUACGUUGAUCCGGACGGUUCCUAUAGAUCGAGAGCCGUGGUUACCAAAAAUGAUCAACCCGAUUCGACCGAUCAAUCUGCCCAGGCGGAGUCCGGUAUUCGUACCCUGAGAAUUAGUCCAGAUGGAAAGUUAAUAGCAUCUGGGGAUCGAGGAGGAAAUUUGAGGGUACACGAUCUCGACACCUUCGAUGAGCUCACGUAUCAAGAAGCGCACGACGCAGAGAUACUGACCAUUGAGUUCACAGAUGGGCGAAUUCCGGGUGCACCUUACUUGAUUGCCACGGCAAGUCGAGACAGAAUAUUGCAUGUCUUUGACAUCAAUAAUAAUUAUCAGUUGAUUCAGACUCUGGAUGAUCAUUCCUCUUCAAUAACGGCCAUCAAGUUUACCAAUGAUGGUGGAAGGUUAAUCAGUUGUGGUGCCGACAAAAGUAUAAUAUUCAGAAGCAGACAGAAUACCAACAACUCUUCAUUUUACGUGACAUAUCAUAAUAUAUCGGGAAGAGCGACUGUGUUUGACAUGGAUAUCGAUAUAUCGAAUCGAUACGUGUCCACAGUAUCUGGCGAACGUCGCCUAAAUGUUUAUCAGAUUGAAUCCGGUAAAAGUGUGAGGUCGUAUAAGUCAGACAUGCCAGAUGAAGUCAAUGCUGCAGAGCAAGGAAGCUUGUUAAGAAUUUCCUUGGAUCCUGGCGGGGUGUGCGCUGUGACCGCUGGUUCAGACAAAAGCAUUCGCCUGUUUGAUUUCACUAAUGGGACGAUACUAAGGAAGGUUCUGGGACAUUCGGAACUAAUCACCGGCGUGAAGUUCACUCCUGACUGUGAGCGAGUGAUUUCAACAUCAGCCGAUGGUUGUAUAUAUGUUUGGAAAUUGUCUGACGAAUUGGUUUCAAAAAUGCGUCAAAAAUGGUUGGAAAGGAGUGGUUUUAAUGCGCAAGUCGGAUCACCGCCCGUGGUGAAAGAUUAUCUUUCGCCACAAUCAUCAACUCCAUCAACUAUUCAUCCAAAGACUGUAUUACCUGCUCAAAGACCUCAAUCACUUAUGUUUGAUCUUCAACAGUGUGAUGAUUCAAGUGGUCAGGAACAAGAUUUUUAUGUUCGUCGGAGUUCAGGCGGAUUGAAAGCGAAAAAGUCCUAUUCGUCAAUGACAGCGGCGGACACGCAGAAUGAGGAUAAUGCAAAAAAAGUUUCGCCUGCACUGAAAAGGCCCGUUUCAUUUACAAACGACGGGACAUCACAAGCCAAACCUCCCCAAUUACAGAUAAGCAGAUCCGUUUCAGAUUUCUCACAGACUCGAAUCCCUACGACGAAAUCACCCCCUCCCGUCAGUCCGGUGGGAGCUUCACUUGACACAUCCUCGUUAGCUACUCCGCCCAAUACACCUACAACAAGCUCGGGAAAGAGAGAAUCAUGGAAGAUCGGUUUGCCUAGCUGGGCGAAAAAAGCUUUCAAGGAAAAAGAAGGUGAAAAAGUUGCUAAGGAUAAUGAGGUUUUGGCAGAGACGGACAUGGGUAAAGAUGAUUCUAAUGUUAACCUAAUGCAUGAAGACGCGGACAAGAAAUCCUCAAUUGGGACGAAAUCUCUAAAUAGGGCAAAGUCGCAAAGUAAGUUGCGACAGGAUUCCACAAAGUUAUUUUUAGGAGUGGAGCCUGACAGCACGUCAUUACCCGAUAAUGUUUCACUUGGUGAGUCGCCAGUGUCGAUGCCAUCGGACCGUCCUCCGAAUCUUGUUGUUGACGACAUCGAUGAGGAAGAGGACGAGGAAGCAAAUUCACCCGAAGAAGAUUCCAAUGAAGAUGCGGAGACAAUAUUCGUCGAGUCACAAGGAGAGGAAUCUGAGGAAUUUCUUGGAGAUGGUGAAAAUGUGCCAACCGCAAAACGACGACGGAGUAGUUUUGUGGGAAGCAUUAAAACGAUGGAGUUUGCUGGGGAUCGUCCAAAAUCACCGUCCGGAAGUGAAAAAGAGGUCGAAGCGGAUUUAGAAACGUAUCUGACGACCCGCGCAGAAGAUGAAAAUGGAUCUGUUACCGGAGAGAAUGAUGAUUACGUGUCUAUGGAGCAUCGUGGAAGAAAAAGACAGAGUCUGACAACAAAGUUCUACUCCGUCAGUCAAAGAAGAUCCCAAGAUUCUGGUGGUCGUAAUAGCUUAUCCGACUCACUGUUAAAACUUGCAGAGGAAUCGAGGGAGGUUAUUAAAAAGGAUUUACGAUUUGAAGACGAUCACAAUGGAGUGGAAAAAGCCUUGAAGGCCUUGGAAGGAAAGAAUUCCGUCAUGGUGAGUCAGGAGAUCGAAGCUAGUAAUGGAAACGAUCUCAAAUUGCUAGAAUCAUCCGAAGUUUCAACAACACUUUCAUCGAACUUGCCAACCAAGAAUACCGCCGAAGUUCACGAAGCAACGAUUGAUGAAAGUAAUGUAGAAAGCAUUGAAAAAGUUGGGAACGGACUGGGUAUCGUGGUUUCCGAAGAAUAUUACGGCAAAAAAACCGAUAUUGGAGUCGACGAUGAUGCUCCCGUGACUCGGAAUAGUACCAUCAACACUUCUGCUUCUGACGAUCAAAUAAACGAAGAUGCCAUUAUGAAUGACGUGUUGACCAUGACUGUGUUAUUGGAGAGAACACUUAUUGCAUAUAAGAAGGCAGCCUCCUCAAAUAAUGAAAGCAUGACUAAAUUGAUAUCUGAUAGUUUGGUGAACAUGAUGGAUGAUAUAAAGAAGAGUAUCGGCGUCGGUAAUGACGAUGAUUAUGGCGAAAUAGAGUCAAACAACUCCUACAAUACGGCCAUAACUACGCACAGUUAUACGGCUAAUGGAAAUGGAUCGUCAACCAGCCUUCACAAAGGAGUCCUGUUAUCGCCGUUGGCAUCACCUCCGCCGACAUCUAAAUCAUUUAAUCAAUUGUCUGAGGGUGCUACGCAAAAUCUUUUGGAAAAAUAUUCGGAUCUUUUGCUAACCAUGGUCGAGGAAAAGCUCACCGCAAAAGCAAAAUCUUCGAAAACAAGUGCUGAUGAGUUGGGAAAUGAUAACUCCACUAAUAAUGCGAAUACUACCGCGUCAUCCUCACCAGUCCUUACAUUCACUAACGCCAGCUCCAGUAAUACUGCCAGCACAAAUGGCAGGCCUGUUAAGUCUAGAAAUACGAGCGGAGGGAUUAGAAACAAGGCAUCAAGGUCUAGGUUUGUUAGAUAA